AUGGCACACCACGCAAGCGCAUGGCUCGAAGACUAUCGAGGGCGUGCAGAAUUUCUGGCUUAUGUGCCAAAGCUGAAUGGCAAAUUCAAAUUUGCCACGCCAACAGAGUGCGAAACCUUCGAUGCAGCGGACCACAGCCUCUCGAACAUCCUCGCUCGACUUCCAGCCGAAGUCGACGAACGUAUCAUGAUCCAGGAAGGCCCACAUUGUCGUGCGUUCUUCCAGAAAAUACAGGAUCGUUUACCGAAGGAGCUCCGUGAGAUGGUUUUUGGAUAUAUCUUUCAGGGCACGUAUGUCCUGUUGGAAGCGAAGGAUGCCGAAGCCGAUAACGAUGACGACACUCCGGUCUGUGAGAAGUCAGAUAUUGGAAGACACUAUCCUUACAGCUACCUACUCAAGCCAGGAUAUAUACAUGACUCUGAAAUAAGAACUGAGCUUAUCGAGGCAUGGUUCCGGACAUCAAACUUCAUCAUCACGGAUGCGGCACUUAUUCGCCCCUCUCUGGAGAAGUACCCAUGGAGCGCUGGUCUGGACCCAGUCCAACUCAUCAGACGAGUGGAAUUAAGGACAAAACCUCUGGAAGCCACCAUGAUGCGCGAGGCCGUCUGCAAAGAUCUCGAAUGUCUCGAAUGUCUCAAGCCAGGCACAACCAUCAAGAUUGUCGUGGAUAUGUUCCCUCGAUGGCCUACUAUGCGGGAGAUCGAGAAUCGCGCAGCCUCUCUAUUCCCAGUAUCACUGCGUAUGAGGAGUUUGGGAUACAAGAUGAUAGUCCGACCGUUACUUAAUUGUGAGAUUGUGGUGGAACGAGGGGUUCGUUGGGUGGAGAGAUGGCUGAGGGAAAACGAGUGA